ACGUCAGCAUAAAAUGAAGUCCUACCACUAAGAGAGACUUGUUUAUUUCUAUAUACCUGACCGACACCCGCUCCCCAUCGGUAGGUGGCGCUGAUACGGUGAUAAUACACACAGGCGCUAUCAACACAACGUGAAGAACACGCAAUUCGCGCAAUUUUUUGUAAUGGAUAAAAUCACAGAGUUGAGCUUCAGCUUAUUUACCUCCUGAACAUGGACGAGGACGAGGCACAAAAACAGAGGCUUAAAGCUGCUGUGCACUACACCGUUGGUCGUCUCUGUCAAGACAUCGCCGCAGACUGCGAGAAACAAAUCACCAAACAGACGAUAGCAGCUAUAGCAGAGACUGCGUUCAGACAGUGCGAUAUAUUUGCCAAGGAUUUGGAAGCGUUUGCCAGGCAUGCUAAAAGACACACCGUUACAGUGGAUGAUGUGAAGCUGACGGCGAGGAGAACCACUGCACUGUACAACUACAUUCAGCAGAAAAGUGAAGAACUGGCUUUGAACAACCAAGAACUAAAGGAGAAGAGGAAAAAAAAUGCCGCCAAAAGGAAGAGUAAAGAAAUGGAAACAGAGGAGAAUGAGCCUGAAGACUGAACAAAAGAAACGUGCAGAUUCUCAUUAUUGAUAUUUCAGUUAUACACCGGUGCAAAUACUUGUACAUAAAUCACAUUCAAUACUAAACACCAAUAAUUUUUUUACUCAAAAAAAUGGGUUCAUUUAUGUUUUAUUGUAAUAAAGAAUUCUGAAAACAUA